GGAAGUCCCCCUUUGGUUCCCCUUCCGUUCUUCCUAACGACUUCCGCUUUGGGCCGUCAAUAUGGACGCUGCGGCUGCCUGGCCGAGCGGCCUCUGAACGGUUGCUGUGGCGCUGCUUCUCUGCGGCUGCCGCCCCGCUUCCCCGCCCUCCCCCCGCCCCUCGCUCCAGUCCCUGGAGCCGGCGGGCUUGUCGCUACAUGGGGGCGGGCCUCUGCGGCCGGCCGUAAGGCUUCCUGUUCGGAGGCGGCUCGGCAGUAGCAGGCGGCGGCGGCGGCGACUCCGCCCGCGCCCAGUUAGGCGCGGUGACUGAGCGCCCGGGAGGGAGGUUCGAGGGCCACAUCUUGUACCGCUGCGCCAAGCCCGGCCCUGUGCCGCCAUGGCCCCAGUGCAGCUGGAGAACCACCAGCUGGUCCCGCCCGGAGGCAGCGGCAGCGGCGGCCCCGCGUCAGCCCCGGCGCCUCCUCCUCCCGGAGCCGCCGUGGCAGCGGCCGCUGCGGCCGCGGCUAGCCCCGGCUACCGGCUGAGCACCCUCAUCGAAUUUCUGCUGCACCGGGCCUACUCGGAGCUCAUGGUGCUGACGGACCUGCUGCCAAGGAAAUCUGAUGUGGAAAGGUGAGUAUGAAAAAACCCUUAAAUCUGUGUUGAUAUAUCUAUGAGUAAGUGAGUGAGUUUAUGUGAGUGAGAGAGAGUAUGGGGGGAGAUAUGUGUAGGUAUGGGUAGUAGGAUUGUGGACUGGGAACUUAGGCCCAGAGAGCCUAGGGUGACUUCUCACAUCAUUUGUUUAAGAUGUCCCUGGAAGUGUAAUUUCUGUAUCCUUGACAAUUCUUGGU